UCGCACACACCGUUUUUAUUCCGCCACAAUUCGCUGAAAACCUCAAAUCAAAUCAAAAGCAAACCAAAGCCAAGAAGCCGUCCGUCUCCCUCUGUCUCUGUCGCGGAGACCCUACUUCUCGAGGAAAACGAGAUAUGGAGUGCAAUAGAGAUGAUGCGAUCAGAUCAAAGGAGAUUGCUGAAAGCAAGUUCAGGGAGAAAGAUUUUGCAGGUGCAAAGAAGUUUGCCUUGAAAGCAAAGGCUCUUUUCAAGCCGCUUGAGGGCAUUGAUCAGAUGAUCGUAGCCUUGGAUGUGUACCUAAAGGCACAGAAGAAGAUUGGAGGGGAGAAUGAUUGGUAUGACAUUCUAGAAGUAUCAGCCUUAGCUGAUGAGGAGACAAUCAGGAAGCAGUACAAGAAGUUGGCCUUCCAAACUCAUCCAGACAAGAACAGCUUCAUUGGUGCUGACAGUGCUUUUAAGCUUGUCUCAGAUGCUUGGAAUGUCUUGUCUGAUAAAAGUAAGAGAAAACUUCAUGAUCAGAGGAGGUAUAUGGGUUCUCUAGGAGUGUGCCAGAAUAACUCCCAUGUAAAUGUUGGUGGCACUUCCCGGUCCUCUAUGCCAAGUACGAAUGGUUUCUGCAGCCAAAGUGCAGGUCCAGCCUCACCUGCCAACAUUCCACAACACAAUGUCCCAAUGCCACGCACAUUUUGGACAUGCUGCUUUUCUUGCCGCAUGAACUUUCAGUACCCUGUGACAUACAUGAGCCAAUAUCUGAAGUGUCCAUCCUGCCGUCAUGUGUUUAUUGCUAUAGAAGUUCCUCCUCCACCUGCUCCAGAUCACCGUAAUGAACCAGUGCCAAUGGAUAGUAAUAAUAAUAUGGGUGCCACAGCAAUUCCUCGUGACACAAUGCCAGGAACAGGAGGGCCUAGUGGUAUCCAGAAUCAUGAUCCUAUGCUGCCGCGGUGCUCUUUUCCCAGAUCUGCAGCCGGUGCACACACUUCUACACAUCCAGUUCAACGGACAGAUGGGACUGUUCCAGGCUCUUCACUUGGAUCAUCUAUUCCAGUAGCAAAUGCCUGUCCAAGAAAAUUUACAGCAACAAAGGAAAAGGAAGUUGCAAAGAAGCGGUACAAGAAAGUGGUGUUGCCGUCAACUUGCUCUGGCCCUGAUGGAGACUCAAGUUCACAGGUGCACGCAGCAACAAAAGAAACGGAAGUUGCAAAGAAGAGGUACAAGAAAGUGGUGUUGCAACCUACAAGCUCUGGCCUUGAUGGUGACUCGAGUUCAAAGAUGCACAUGGCAAAAAGGAAGCCUCGUUCUUCUGACCAAACAUCUGGAAAGAAGAGACGCAAGGAGUCUUGUGCCUGUCUUAACGGUGAAUCUGCUGGGACCAGUUUCAGUAAGGUGAUCCAGCAGUUGGAUAACAGGAGCAUACUAAUCGGCAAGAUGAAACUCCAACUUGGGAAUAAAUUAGAGGAGUUCAAAAGGAAGAAGGCCAGUUUGGAAGAAGAUAACGCCAAGAAGCUGGCUAGCAAAACAGCUUCUUCAGAUGAUAAGGAGAGGAUGCAGAGCAGUAGGCAGGUUGAUUUAGAAGAAAUGGAGUCAUGGGAAUGGACGAAACCUGAAAUACGCUUUGUAUAUACGAGGAGAAACCUCAAGGAUCAAAAAACAUCUUCUGAUGAAAGCUCUGACGAAAUGCCUGUCCCUGAUGCAGAUUUCUGCAAUUUUGGUGACCAUCCUGAAAGCUCUUUCCAGAAGGAUCAAGUGUGGGCCACAUAUGAUGAAGAAGAUGGCAUGCCUCGCUACUAUGCUUUGAUAAGGAAAGUGCACACCACACGCCCAUUUAAAAUCAGACUGGCUUUCCUCAAAGCUGAUGACUGCGAUGAAUUUGGAACUUCAAAUUGGAUCUCAUGUGGAUACUCCAAGACCUGUGGUGAUUUCAGGCCUGGUGCGUCCAAAGAUAUUGACCAACUGAAUAUAUUCUCUCAUGUUGUGACAUCUGAGAAAGGUCCAGGCAGAAUCAUCAGAAUUCUUCCAACGAAAGGUGAUAUCUGGGCCCUGUACCAGAACUGGUCUGCUGAUUGGGAUGAAUUUACACCGGAUGAAACAAUGUACAAAUAUGAGUUGGUACAGGUUCUUGACAGCUACAGCCCAAGUGAAGGCAUUUCUGUCAUGCCUAUUGUGAAAGUUCCAGGUUUUGUUUCAGUGUUCAAGCCACUUCUUGACCCAACAAAGAGCAGGAGGAUUCCAAAGGAGGAGAUGAUGCGAUUCUCACACCAGGUGCCGUUUCAUGUCCUUACUGGUGAGGAAGCUCAGAACUCUCCCAAGGGGUGCUAUGAACUGGAUCCAGGCUCAACUCCAAAGGAACGUCUCCAAGUAGUUCCAGCCUGUAAUGAUACCACAUAAGCGUGCUCUGUACUUCCGGUUCACAUUGUUUUUGCACUUCUUUCAACCUGGAAUUAGUUAGGUGGUAUGGUUUCUCUAGAACUGUACCACAGCUGUGAUUUUGACCUGUAUACUCCCCAUGUAUACCGCCAAUGUUGUGUUAUGUAGAAUCACCAAUGUUAAGGGUAACAUGCCUGUGUUUUUGAAGAAUGAAAUAUACCUGGUUAG